GUAGCUUGGUGAGACUCGGAUCCUGAAGUUACGUUGUGUUUACGGACUUCAGAGGAUGCGGUCGGUUUUAAACCCUUUCUACUGACACCACAUCCCGGUAAACCGACAACCCCCGAGCCCUGGAGUGGCUGACGAGGCGAAGCGAGGUAGACUGAGUCAUUUCUCUGACCACCUCUUACUUUUUGGAGGCCUUGGGACAAGUGCAGUUCAGCUAACCACAAGUAGCCACCAUGUCGUGGGAAGAAAUGCAGUGUUUUGUGGCUUCACCCCUGCCCCGGCAGACGGCUCUCUGAUCCAAUCGGACCGGAAAACUAGCAGACGUAACUCAGCUGUCAUCUAAGCUAACGUUAGCAAACCAUAAGCACUGUCUGGCUCUCAACACCGUAGCUUGUGCUUUAGCCUGCUAGCUUCAGAGCCAUGGCGGACAGCUUCGGAGAGAAGUCCAGUGGCAGUGCCCUUGGCUCAGGCGUCACCGGACAUGGCAGCGGAGCCUCGCUGCUGCCGACUCUAACCAACUCUCUUCCCGGGGGGGCCUCGGUAGCCAUCGGUGAUCACCCGAGCUCCAGCCCGGCCUUCCCCCCUCCCGCUGCGGUCGUCCACAGUGGCCUUACCACUGUAAUGGCACCCAUGUCCGCUGUCACUGCUACCGCUGCCGGGUUUGGGACCACAUUCAGCCCCGGCAUCCUGCCACCGGUCGUGGCCGUGUCGCCAUCCUUACACACCGUCUUGCCUCUCCCCGGUAUCGCGCUGGGUGUCGGCGGGGUGGCAGGAGCGGGCCUCCUAUCCCAAAUCCACACCACGCCCUGGGACCCGACCCUCAGUACGGACUGGGACAACGAGAAGGCUUCCCAGCAGUGCAUCCUGAGGAUAAAGAGGGAUAUCAUGUCAAUCUACAAGGAACCUCCCCCAGGGAUGUUUGUCGUUCCUGAUCCUCAAGACAUGACCAAGAUCCACGCACUUAUCACAGGGCCAUUUGACACUCCAUAUGAGGGCGGCUUCUUUCUCUUCCUGUUCCGCUGCCCACCUGACUACCCCAUCCACCCACCCCGGGUCAAGCUCAUCACCACAGGACACAACACAGUCCGCUUCAACCCCAACUUCUACCGCAAUGGCAAGGUUUGCCUCAGCAUCCUGGGGACAUGGACUGGCCCAGCAUGGAGUCCAGCUCAGAGCAUCUCAUCUGUCCUCAUCUCUAUCCAGUCUCUGAUGACAGAGAACCCCUAUCACAACGAACCUGGCUUUGAACAGGAGCAUCACCCAGGAGACAGUAAGAACUACAACGAGUGUAUCCGCCAUGAAACCAUGAGGGUGGCAGUGUGUGACAUGCUGGAAGGCAAAGUCUCCUGUCCAAAAGCUCUGUGGAGUGUGAUGGAGAAGUCCUUCCUUGAAUACUACGAUUUCUAUGAAGGAGUCUGCAAAGAGAGACUGCAUCUACAGGGACAGAACAUGCAGGACCCAUUUGGUGAGAAGCGUGGUCGUUUCAACUACCAGGGCCUGCAGGCUCGCCUCAGCACCACCCACAGGCAAAUACGGGAGAAAAACCUGGCAGAGGGCGACCCCAACAAUGAUGACUCGGACUCAGACACCAGCUCCUCAGGGACAGACCCUGACAGCCAGGGCAGCACCCUGCCCUGACUCUCAGGACGGUUCUGGACUCAAUGCCAGGCCGAUAACUAAAGACAAAGGGACCUUUUUCUUAUUAUUUACAGUGGAGGAACAAAAUCACAGAAGAGAUCGCAACACCUAUGUCUAAGGCAGCCCAGACAAAAGCAUACUUCUUAUAUGCAAUUCUCCAGCCUUGCUGCCGCGGUGGGCCUGUCGCCCUCCACCCUGGUGUCACUGCUGGUCUUGGCUCUGCGCCCGCCCUCCACUGGCCAGCCUCGAUACACACCGGCACUGAACUAGCUUCCCACCCAUUAUAGUCAGAGGUCCUACAUUUUUCCUCCCUCCAUUUGCUCCACUCCACCUUUAGUUCUCUCUCACCGCUUCAUGUCACUUAUAAGGCUCUGGUCCAUCCCGGUGAUGCCACUGCCAUCCCACUUCCACUUGAUUGAGCAGAAUCCACUCAAGCUAUAGCUCCUCAUUUCACCUCUGCGUUUCAACCACCCGUUUCUACAGUAGAUCAGACUGCAUGCUACUCCUUGACUGGAACCAAGCAGCGUAGUAUGCUUCAAGAAGCUGUCAACAGAUGCUAAAGAUGUUUUCCUCAGCCGAAGCCAUCUUGCCGCCCCCUACAUAGACCCUUCAGCCUCAACCGCCGUCCUCAUCAUAGUCGGUGUGCCGGUUACUCAGUCCAGGCAGCUUGCACACAUCUCCUCCCUGCACUAACACCAUAACACACGUCCCCUGGACAAACGUACUUCUGACCUCCAUCACAAGAAUAGCGCUGCUUGUUGGGCUGAACACAUAUCUCGUCAGGAGUCUGAGCCCAUUAAAAACUAAAUGAAUCGUUAUGGUGUUAAAUGUUUCUGGAAAAUUAGUUUUCAUGUCUCUAGCCCCAUUCCUACCCUUGGUCAAGGGGUGCAAACCUGCCUCCACUCCACAGGGAUUUUAUAGACUGUUGCUGUGUGAUCGGGCUUUGCUCUUCAGAAGAGAUGGGAUUCAUCCAAACAGGCAGGCUAGCUGAACGGCGUCGGCUAAUAUUCAGGCAUGCGGUCCAGUCCUCUCAAUGUGCAUGGCUGUUUGAGAUCACCAGCCCACGUCAUUCAUUCUUAACAGCACAUAGGUCUCUAUUCUACGCUGCCAUCUAAAAUCGUUAGCUCCCCCUGCCUGAAUUGAUUGCAGAAGAGCAAAAUUAGCAGUCAUUGGUGAUCGAAUUACUUGGGUGGUGAGGUGUCUGCAUGGGUUUUAUUUUAUGCUCCAGCUUCCUCCCACAGUCUGAAGACAUGCAGAUUGGGUUUAGAUUAAUUAGGGACUCUAAAUUACCAUAGGUGAUAUCGUGAAUGGUUGUUUGUUUUGGGUCUGUAAUACGCCUGCGACCUGUUCAGGGUGUAUCCUGCCUCUCGCCAAAUGUCAGCUAGGUUCGGCUCCAGCUCCCCAUGCAAACCUCAAAGAAUCAGCAGUAUAUAUGAUGAUUUCAAUACUUCCUAUCAUGUUAUAUUUUGUCCGACAAAACGCAUCAGCCAAUUUUAUUCCUCAUGGUCUACCCACCCUCCAAAACCCAACGGCGGAAUUCUCAGACUAGCUGAUGCUUUUUGAGCCAUGUGCCUUGUCUCCUCUGGCCAGGGUGAAACCACACCUCACCUCUUCAGGCUGGACUUCAGCUGCCCUCACGGCAGGCCGCAUUCAAUCAGCAGCUCUGGACUAUUCGUAACAAUGAUUCCUGUGUAUUAUGCAGUUCUGCUUAGCUUUCAGUUAAUGACUCUGUUUGGCAGAAAAAGAAGCUGUUAAAAAAAAUUGCUGAAACAGAUGAUAACUUUCUAUGUGUCGGUUUAUCUGUGUCCAUCGCUGCUGCUUGUGAGAUAAAAAACAGAUCACGCUGUUCUUCAGCAGGUAUAUUGGAACUAAUGAAGGCCGAGAAGAGGGGACCUUUCUGUUGUUUGUUACACUAAGGGUAACUCAAGAUGCUCUGCUCUGUCUGAAUAAGGCCUUGUUGCAUCUGUGCAAAGGUACACAGGAUUAUUAUGCAAAUGGUUUUGCGGAAGAUAAACUCCCAAUAAACCACAGCAGUGAUUUCAGAAGCAUCCUUUUCAACAUUAGAUGUCGGACUCGACUCGGAUCACGUCUAUUGUGACAGAAUCUCGUAUAAAGGGCAAAUAUGCUGUCAGCCUUUAAUGAUCCACUUUUCAGAGCUGACUUAUUAUUUGGUCCAUGCAACAACACUACAGGAAAUGAAAUGUUGCUGACAGGCAGCAUUGCUUGCAGUCUUAACACAGUGGAGAGGUGUCCUCUCGGAAAAAAGUGAGAAUCAGAUCUGGCAGAGUUUGUAUGGCCUCCGGUGAUGCUCAUUUUUUACAGUCUCUCUUAAUUGAGUACUCACAGGUCCAUUUUUACAUAAUAAUUCCAGCUUAUCGUUUCUGGUUAUAAACAGAUCUCCCUCUUUUUUAACUCGACUGUUAAAGGUACAAGAAAAUCCAACGGCCACAUUCCAGCUGAGCCGAAGCUAAUGAUGCUUCAGCCAUCUCUGUCCCCCAAAAGCGAGUCUCUUCAUCGGCGGUACGUUUGUUAAUCAGACUCUAAUCUGACUGCGUUCUUCUUCAGCCUUUCUCAAACUCUUUUAAAGAAGCUCUUCAAUGUGAGACAUAUGGGUCAGAUGCAUGAACACCUGUUGUGCUUGUUGUAGCUCCUCCUCGUAUUUUGUUGCCCCUCCCAGUGUGGCUCUCUACAUGCUUCAUGUUGGUGAAGAGAAGCAGUCUGCCUUUGCUGUCAGUGUGUUUCCCUCUGAUAGAGGUUGGUGAACAUUCAAAUUGGAUUACUAAUAUAGGGCAUUUCGGUUUCUUUCUCUUAUAGUUUUUCUAGAAAAAUAAUAUGAGAAGCAGCUCCUAGCAGAAUGAUCUGACUGUCAAAGUGUGGAUGCAUCAGACUUUCUGAAGAGAAGAGUCCAUAUUCCUGUCUGUUUGUGAUGUGUUCGAAGCAGGGUUCUUCUGUGGCUCCAAAACAGCUGGAUUACUUAGAAAAGUGAUCAUUUCCGGGUCUUGAUUGUGUGGUUAUUGUACAGAAGUUCUGAAAGUACCGAAUAAAAUGUUAAGUCCUA